AAUAUUUAUUUUUAUUUUUGUUUUUAUCCGACCAUAUAAAAUAAUAAUUUCCUUUCAAUUAAUCAAAUUACCAAUAUCAAUUCUUUAACAGAUACCAUUGAAUAAUACUAUCAUCCAGUAACUAGACAGAUUCUUUGUGUGCAAUAAAAUUGUUCUAUUUUCAAGGUUCUGUGCUAAUUCUUGUUAGUACGUACCUAUUAGGAUGGGUAAUGCGGGAAGUAACCAUCCAAAGGAAUGGAGUAAAGAUCAACCACACAAACAAGCUGAAACAGGUCCAUCAUCUCCUGCUAAAGAAGGAGAGGCAUUUACGUUUGACAAAAAAAUAGAUGACGAUAGAGUUGGAAGGGAAGAUGAUAAUAACAUUGAAGAUGGUGCACCAUACUAUACAAAAGCACUGCCUGAACAUGACGUCGAGCAACCAGAAAUUCGUGAGAGGUCAAAUACUUUAACAGACAGCAGUAAAACUAUUGAAGAUGUAAAAGUAUUGCCGACUGUAUUUAAAUGGGAGGGUGGUGGUAAACAGGUUUUCAUCAGUGGCACAUUUACUGAUUGGAAAACCAUACCUAUGGUUAGAUCUCAUAGAGACUUUGUAACUAUAAUUGAUUUACCAGAAGGUGAGCACCAGUAUAAGUAUUUUGUAGAUGGAGAAUGGAGACAUGACCCAUCAGUAAAGCUAGUUGAUAAUGGAAUGGGAUCUAAAAACAACUUAGUGACAGUGAAGAUGUCUGAUUUUGAGGUGUUCCAAGCUCUUGCAAAAGAUAGUGAAGGUGUACAUAGUAGUGCUCAGACUGAAUAUUCUCAGGAAAUACCUCAAUCUAAGCCUUGGGAAAAAGUAUCUGGACCUCCUAUAUUACCUCCACAUCUUUUGCAAGUCAUACUCAAUAAGGAUACACCCCUUUCAUGUGAGCCAACACUGCUACCGGAGCCAAAUCAUGUGAUGCUAAAUCAUUUAUAUGCUCUGUCUAUCAAAGAUGGAGUUAUGGUGCUAUCUGCUACACAUAGAUAUAGGAAGAAGUAUGUUACAACACUGCUGUACAAACCUAUUUAAAGUCAAAUAUAUAUUGUACUUAGUUAAAUAGUACAUAGUUGUAAAAUACUGAAUAAUAAUUACUUCACAAAGGCUUUAUGAAUUGUGAUUAUAAUGUAUUAGAUAAUGUUUAAAGAGCUAUGGUAAAAUAUUAAUUUGUUUGCAGAAAUAAAAUUUAAUU